CUUUUCUUAUUUUAAAUCAUCAGACCGGGAUCCGGUUUUGCAGUUAUUCUCAAUCGACGGGUGGUGAAGUGGCGGCGAUGGGAGAAAAGCCGAGGAAGCUGCUUGUGAUGUAUGCUUCUCAGACCGGGAACGCUCUUGAUGCGGCGGAGCGUAUUGGCCGCGAAGCAGAACGCCGUGGAUUUCCAGCAUCUAUCGUCUCCACCGACGAAUUCGACGCGAGUUCCUUACCUCAUGAGGAGGCUGUUGUUUUUGUUGUCUCCACUACAGGGCAAGGAGACUCUCCUGAUUCCUUUAAGGCAUUUUGGAGGUUUCUUCUUCAAAGAAAUCUGGGAAACUAUUGGUUGCAACAAGUUCGCUAUGCGGUGUUUGGAUUAGGUGAUUCUGGUUACCAGAAGUACAAUUUUGUAGCAAAGAAGCUAGACAAAAGAUUAUCAGAUCUGGGGGCCACAACCAUCAUUGAAAAAGGUCUAGGAGAUGAUCAACACCCAUCAGGGUAUGAUACGGUGUAUUAAGAAAUAUAGAGAAUCCUGCUUUUACAUAAUAUUCUUUGAAUUCGGACGAAUCAUUUGAUCAGUUGAAGAUAUUGUAUCCACAUUCUUACUG